AUGAAGGAGGGUGAGCGCCCUAUCGCCGGAAUGUCAAAGAAUGAAUGGAUUGAAGGCCAGAAGCAAGGUUGGAUAAGAACAAAAACGAAGGGUAGAGACUGUAAUGCGGAUAAGUUAGAAGGGAUAAGUGAGGAAAAAAGGGUUGGCGGUCGUGUGGUGGUUGAUCGCAGAGUGUGGCCAGACGGCGAGACGGGUGCAAAGCGAGAACCAUCGCAAGCGGCGAAACGAAGGAUUGUUUUGUUUCCUCGUCUCAGUUUCCGGGUCGAACACAUUGUAAAUAAAGACCGAACCUUGGAACCGCGUCCGUCUAAGGGGUCCCAGGCACCUGGCCCCUGA